UGAUGACUCGAACAUGCACGCUUCCAAAAUAUUUUGUAGAUUUUUCUUUAAUCUAAAGCCGUUUCGAUCGUGUCGAAGGUCAGUUCAUAGACUUUAUGUACCCAAAUGUGAAAGGACUGACCAAGAACUUGAAGAAGUUGUAAGGAAAAUCGACCAUCAUAUUGAAAGCAGUCGACGCCUUUUCGUAAUAACCGGAGCGGGUAUUUCUACGGAAUCUGGGAUCAGGGAUUAUCGUUCCGAAGAUGUUGGUUUGUAUGCAAUCAGCGAAAGCCGACCCAUUCAGUAUGCCGACUUUCUAAACAGCGCUGCAAAUAGAAAGAGGUACUGGGCAAGGAACUAUGUUGGCUGGGAUGAGUUUUCAACAAGAGAGCCGAAUACAGGCCAUUUUGCCCUGGCAGAGCUAGAGAAAAUAGGCAAAAUACAUUGGCUGGUGACGCAAAAUGUCGACGCUCUGCACACCAAAGCUGGUUCUCAAAGAAUCUCAGAGCUUCAUGGUUGUGCACACAGGGUUGUUUGCCUUGGGUGUAAAGAGCUGACUUUGAGGGACGAUCUCCAACAAAGAAUGAAAGAACUUAAUCCCUUUUGGGAGGCUACUGCAAGUGGGCAUGCACCUGAUGGAGACACCUUUCUCUCAGAUGAUGAAGUCAAGGAUUUUGCUGUUCCCACUUGUGUUAACUGUGGUGGCAUACUAAAGCCUCAUGUUGUAUUUUUUGGUGACUCAGUACCUAAACCAAUGGUGUCAUUUAUUCAAGAACGAUUACAGGAAUCUGAUUCAGUUUUAAUCAUAGGAUCUUCAGUUGAAGUGUAUUCAUCAUAUCGCUUUGCUGAUGCUGCCUGGCGGCAAAGUAAGCCUAUAGCGAUUUUGAAUAUUGGUGCAACAAGGGCUGAUAAGAUAGCCUCGGUCAAAUUGUCAGCCAUUGCUGGAGAUGUUUUACCAAGACUUAAAAUACUGUCCCAUGUUUUUACUCUCAACUGUACCUGAGAAUUCAUAGACCUGAUAAUAUUUUCUCUCUAAAAUGUAGCCUGCGUUGUAGAUGUUUGGAAUGAUCGUGAGCAAGAUCCAUGUGCACACUGAUCCUACUCAUUUGCUGGGUUAACCCUUAAGCUCCCAGAAGUGAUUGACACAUAACUUCUCCCUAUAAUAUCCAGCCAUUAUCCAGCAAAGGAACUGAGAAUAUUCAACUAAUCAGGUAGAAGUUAUCUUGAUCCAACACCAAAUUCUUGUAACUCAUUUAAAAGGAAACAUGUAGCAUCAAGGGGGAGAGAAUUAACAAUCACAUCUUGAGAGUUGAGGGGUGAAUGGAACACCUGCUCUGCUUGCCAUAUGAAAUACCAAUCACUUCAAAUUCAAACUACUUGAUUCUAUAAAUAUUUACUAUCCCAUUAAGUCUGAACUUACAAGAUAAUGUAUAUUAAUCCUGUUAAAUAUAUUUUAAAUAAGUGCUCAUUGUGGGUUUAUGUAAAGACAAAUUUAUAAUUUCUAAUACAGCUGUAGGUGGAUUCCACCAACAAGUUUA